AUGGAAUUCUGGAGAAGGAAGAAGGAUAAGGAGGAGGCGAGAGAGUGUUUCCUCAAAAAUGGAAGCAAGUAUCUUCAAAAACUCAUAGCUGACUCUAACGGCAAAUCAAACCCUAUCCAAAUGUUUUCUUCCCACCAAAUCUCCAAGGCCACUAAUCACUUCGACCCCAAGUGUUCUCUCCCUGUGUUGGUUGCGAGGAAGCCGGUGACUGGAACUUUAGGAUACGUAGAUCAUAUUUAUCGCUCAACGGGGAUAGUGACAGAGUAUUUAGAUGUGUUCAGUUUUGGAAUCUUUAUGUUGGUUCUUCGUUUGGGAAGACCAGCAUUUUUGGUUGAAUCAGUUGCCAGGUGGGAUCUUGGUAAUAUUCUUGAUAGUGUUAAGGAUAUGCAGGAGAGAAGAGAACCUGUUGAGUUUGGAGGUGAUUUGAACGAGAUGAGGCCUGGUCAGAUGAAAAUGUUUCUCGACCUGGCACUGAGAUGCUGCGAGAAGAGGAAUGAAGAUAGGCCAACGAUGAUCUCGGUAGCAAAAGAAUGUAAAUAA